GUAUCGCAGUUGCCAAAUGUGCAUUGCCAAGGAGAGAGGGUCUACAUAAAUUCUUUUCGAUUUCAUUAUCAUUUCUUUUAUUACUGACAUAAGGAUUUAAUUAUAUCCACAUUUUUCCAUGGAUUUCUCUCUCUCUCGGAAUUUAAUCAAAUUCGUAGUGUCUCGGUUCCGAAGGUAAUAUCGGCGCGCAUGGGAAGUAUGAUAUAAGUGACAGCGGUGUCAUAGAAAAUAAAUCUGAUAAAAAAUGACGUGGUGAAGAUACGCUUAUCGUUUGACGAGAGCGUCGAGGGAGUUACAAGGUAAAUGUACUUUCGGAGCACGGGUUAUUCCAUCGCGGUAUUGAUCCAAGAUUUUAUCACGGAGAAGCAUACAUAGAAUGGAGGAGAGUACAAGUCCAGAAAACGUUUGGCGUAAAGGCAAGCCCGAGGAGCAAAGUGAACUGUUUCAUGGGGAAUCUACAACUGCAUCUGUAGAUGCUAAUUCUACAUCAUUAGCUGAUAUAUUUGAUACAGCAUUUACUUCAACAGUUGAUCCUUCUCCACAAUCUCGAUUUCCUCCAGGUAAUGAAAUGGAGUAUGAGCAUUUAUUUGCAGAAAGUGAUAUUGAAGAGUCAGAUGUAACAGCUAUAGGUCCUUAUACAAAUUCAGCUCAUCCUACUGCUUCUGAGAAUAAUUUUGUUUAUGGGAGUUAUUUAACACAACCAGAUACAACAAGUGAUUCACAGGAAUACUGGCAAACUGAUCUUUUAAAUUGCAACAUGUGCCAAAAUAGACCAGAAAGGAAUUCUAAAAAAGAGCCUCAAGCUCAGCAAUUAAACAACUCAUGUGAGGAGAGGAUGUGUGAUAAUUAUAAAAGAAAGAAAGUUUUACAUGAACGUGAUGUGCCUGUAAAACAUAAAACAAAAAAGAAUGAAGAACAAAAAUUAUUAAGUGGUCAACAACCAGAUAGUUUGAGUAUAGCUGGACCAUCUAGAUUGUCUGAUCACCCUAUUUCAAACAACAUAAGAUCAAUGGAAAACACAAGUGUUUUACAAAAUUUAGGGGAUGACAAUGCCAGUGAGUCUGGUAGCUUGUAUCAUUCAGUUAUGUCAAAUAUGAUAACUCCUCAAGAGGUGCACUCGAUACAUACAACUCAAAAUGAUGAUACGCCUUCGGCACCAGAUUUACAACUAGAUUGGUCCUCCAGUAGUGAUAGUGAUGAUGAAGAUGACUCAGUUGAAGUGCUUGGAACUGUUAAUCAUAAUGCUAUGAAUUCACUAGAAGAUGCAAAUGGACAUAGGCGCACAGUCACUGUAGUUGACUUGACUGUAGAAUCUGACGAAGAACAUACGCCGUCUGCGCCAACAAAUCCAGUAUCCAAUCCAUGGUCUGUCACAUAUGAUCUUAAUCAUAGAAAUAAUACGCACUGUAUGCAUGGAUCGCCAGAUUACAGAAAUCAUGUAUACCACAACAGACACACCUAUCACAAUCACAGAGUGUCUGUUUUACACCCAUCUGUUUACGGAUCUAUAACAGAUGCACCUACAAAUAUAACGAGACCACGCAUGCAUCCUGUACAGGAGAGAUUGUGGAUGAAUCAACAACGUAUGCAAGAAGUACAUAGACGUAGGCUUUAUCACAGAUCUCCAUCACAUCAUGUUAGUGCGGGACCAUGCAACGCUCAUGUACACUCGUCGACACAACAUACUUGUGGAGGAGGAAACAACAGUCCCUCGAACGCACGAUGUAACGGAACAGAUAGUGCGGCGUACACAGAAAAUUAUCUCCCACCUCCCAUCUUACCACCACCACAACAACCUACAGUCUAUAGCCAUCCUGAGGCUCGUGGGCCACCCAGUUUUGGAUCACCAUGGCCUGUGCUGCCUCGUAAUUUCGUACGGAUAAAUCCAUUGAACGGCGUGGAAGAGAUAGAACCAGCUCCAUCGGUGAUAUCACCUCCGAUGCCAGUACAUCAACAUGUACAUCAUCAUAUGUAUUACGAUCCGCAUCAGCGGCCAUCACAACGUCUACAUCAUGUUCACAUCAGUUUACACGGUUUACAUCCUCAUUUGGAAAGAUCUGGGUCACAUGAUAUGAUGCCAAUAUCGUCUUUGACGUUCCCAGAUGUGGUAUUGCAACAAGCAAUUAGACAACAAGCUGCUCGAUUGGAUAAUUACAUGCGUAUCGUUGAUUUGCGACGUAUGGCUCAGAUAAGUUGUGGGGCUACACAGGAGUCCAUUGAAAGCCACACAUUCCCUCAUAAGUAUAAACGGGUAAAAAAGGUCGAAAAUGGGGAUGAUGCUACUGAGAAAUGUACAAUAUGUUUAUGUGAAUUUGAAGAUUGUGAAAAUGUCAGGAGGCUUCCAUGUAUGCAUUUAUUUCAUAUUGAUUGCGUUGAUCAAUGGCUAUGCACCAAUAAGCGUUGUCCUAUAUGUCGAGUGGAUAUCGAAACUUUUCUCCAUAAGGAACUCACUACUUCGACAUAGUUUAAGGUUUCUCAUAUCUGCCUCUUUUUAAAAUGUAAUCAGGUAACGUCUAUAUGAUAUCAAAUAUUUCAAGAUGGUCCAUCCAGGAGAAAAUGCACUGGGUUACCACUACUAUGGAUUAAUGGUGUAAAAAUGUUAUGGAUAAUCAAAAUAAAAUAAUGAAGCAUGAACUGAAACACAGUUCCUCAAGACAAAAAUAAUUGUCAUCGUUCGAUUUUACGGUAGAUCUAUAAUGAUGGUUUUAUGCAUAUUGAUAAUAAUCAUUACAGAAGACUAAAUCUGUUUAUGAUAUAUUAAUAAUUUGUUAAUAUUUCUAAUUUUCACAUUUGUUACAUAACUACAUAAGAUGACAAAGCUGUAACACAAAGAUAUUUCAAAAUCAUUUUAUAUAAUUUUGCCAGCAUAAUAUAAAAAUGCCAUGGAAUUAUAUUAUGUAUUAUAAAAUACAUAAUAUAAUAAAGAAUAUAUAGUGUACAGUUUGGCAAUCUCGAAAUUAUUUAAUUCUAUGUCGAUAUAUAACGCUUCUGGGUAUAAACAUAAAUUAUAUGCGUUCAGUGUACUUUAACUCUUUUAUAUAUGAGAGUGUUAAAGUUUCUAUUGUAAAUAUUUCAUUAACACGUGUAAAUUUUUGUAAUGCUUAUAUUAAAUUUGUGACUUUGACAAAAUUCUAAUAUUACAUAUUGUAUUAGAUGCAAACAAUACGAAAAUUAGCUUUGCUUUGUCUUCA